CCCAGCCAUGUCCGACACGUCCAAGUCGAAUAACAACGCAGCCAGCGCGGCGAGCGCAGAUGGGGAUGCCGGCAAUGUCACACCAACGACGACACUACCACGCAGCAACCAUAAUAACAAUAACAGCAGCAAAUUAAAGUCAACGCAGAACAGCAGCGGCGGCGGAAGCAUAGACAAACUGUCACCGGAUCAGGAUAUUUAUAUAAACGCAGCCGACGGUCUGCCCAGUCAGCACCCGACGCUGCCGCCUGAAGCUGACGUGGACACCGAUACGGAGCCGGAGGUGGAUCCCGAUUCGUUUGACGAUCUGCCCACAUCGAUCAUAGUGACCAACAUACAUUCGGAGGUGUUUGCYAAUCCCGAGCUUAAACACGACAUGGARGAGCUGUUCCGUACCUUCAGCGAAUCUGCCACUUUCCAGUGGCUGCGCAGCUUUCGCCGGCUGCGGGUGAACUAUGACAAUGCCGUUGCAGCGGCCAACGCGCGCAUUAAACUGCACCAAUACGAGUUUAACAAAAAGACGGUGAUCACCUGCUACUUUGCUCAGCCGGUGACACCUGUUAACAACAAGAAUCUACAGCCACCGGCGCCGGUCAAACAGUUCCUUAUCUCUCCGCCCGCCUCACCACCAGCCGGCUGGGAGCCGCGCGAGGAAGGUGAGCCGUUGGUAAACCACGAUCUGCUUGCUGCAUUGGCCAGCUUGACGCCCGGCGAAUCCCACGAGCUGCACCCACAGAGCGAGGAUCAGCCAGCGAUUAUUGUGCACACCGCUGUGCUGCCCGAGGCCGGGAGCGUAGGCACUGCACUCCAGCCCAAAGCACCAAUUGUACAAACCAAAUGUCCGGAGCGCGCAUAAGCGCCAAACUAAGAGCUUAACACGGAAUGUUUGGCGGCAUAUGCAACAGCCGGCGCCAGCGUACCACAACCAAUACUGAGCAUCUAUAGAGAACGAAUGRGAGCUAUGGCAAGCCAGAUGACUGGACAUUUGGCCAUKGUGAAUGGGCAGCACUGUGGGCAGCCUGGCGGUUGAGAGAAUUUUUUGUAAAUAAUUUCUUAAAAAACAAAAUUCGAUUGUGAUUAAUUUACACGUAGCUAUGUUUUAUAUUAAGUACUUGUACUCUCACGUUUGGAGCGUUUCAAGUUUCGGUUUCCCGUCUCCUUAUGAUUUGCUGCGAGCGUUGCCGUCGAGCAUUUACAAACAUUAGCUUAUCUUAAUGUACGCCAAGUGGAGCWGUUAACYMCAAUUGAUUCUAGAUGUGUUUGUUGUUUGCAUACGAAAUCGCGUUGUCUCUCUCUUGGUGUCUGUUUCUAUUUGAAUCGAUGUGGCUAUCCACAA